UGGACCCGUUAUAUCCUGACCUAACCCGUGGAGUUCUUGAAAUUUAGAGUUCUAAGUAUACGACCGCCUAACAUAACACCUGUUCAGUUGUCUGCAACUUAUAUAUUGGGCAACUUCAUUUCGUGUUACCCCUCCAAAGAGCUCAAGCCCUACUUUUCUUGUAUCUAUAAUCCAGAAGACUAUCUUUCCCCGAUCCAACCAGACGCAAUGGCAGCCACAGAGAAGCGCCCGGAGAUUAUCGAGUUGGCACGGGGUUUGGAGGGUGUGCCCAUGUGCGAACAGUAUGAAUGCAUGAUCUCCGGAAUGAUGUACAACCCAAACACACCUAAGCUAUUAGAAGCACGCCAUCGGUGUCGGGGCCUGACAACGGAUUACAACGAUCUAGACACCAAGUCAGUCUCAUACGACAAAAUCGCAGACGAGCGUCUGGAGCGACUCCGCAAGCUCGUCGGCAGCGUGGGAGACGGCACCUUUGUAGAACCUCCUUUCAGGCCCGAUUACGGAUGUAAUACGGUUAUCGGAAAGGAUUGCUUCAUCAACUGGGGGUAAGUCCACGAUUCCGCACUACAAUUUUGUCUUUCUUUUUUCUUUUCUUUUUUCCUUUCCUUUUUUUUUAUGUCCAAAAUAAAGCUGACAAAUACAACCAAUCAGCCUGACCGUCCUAGACACUAGU